AUGGGCUCCUACACUCCCAUCACACCAGUUGUCAUUGUCGGUGCUGGCUUAGCUGGGCUGACUACCGCAGUCGCCCUCGGCGCAUAUGGCGUCUCCACGGUUUUGAUUGAACGCCGACCAAAGACCUUACAACACCCACGAGCCGAUGGAUUUACACCACGCACAAUUGAAAUCUUCCGUGCCCUGGGGCUCGGCAGCGACGUAAUUACGGAGGCCCCGCCAGAGUUCAAGAUUCAGCGAACGCGCGUGGAGAGCCUGACCGGCCCGUGGUUUGAAGAGCUCGCGUGGAAUCCUCAAGAGGGGACGGUGAAUGACAAUGCGAAAUCAUCAGAACCCGAAUAUUCGCCCUAUAGAGGUGCAUCGACGGCACAGGACCAGCUGGAGCCGAUUCUCCUGCAGCGCGCGACCGAGAUGGGCAUCGAUGUGCGCAUGCACCAUGAGUGUGUGGAUUUGUGUCAAGAUGCAGAUAGCGUGACCGUAACCGUCAGCGAUAAAACCAAAAAUGGUUCCCUGUAUUCCAUCCGAGGGCAAUACCUGGUUGCAGCUGACGGUCAUCGAAGCGUCAUUCGUGAAAAGAUGGGGAUUGCCCGGCAGGGUCAUGGCCCAGUGAACUCCAUUCAGAGUGUGUUGUUCCGGGCCCCUGAGCUGACUCCUUACUUGAAACGAGGCGCGAAGCAAUUUACAAUCGACCAGCCGGAUUUGAAGGCCUUUAUGAUCGCCUACGAGGAUGAACGCCUGGUCCUACAUUUACCCAACAACCGAGAGUAUACACCGGAGCUCCUCAAGACAUUGACACAGCAGGCCAUUGGACCGCUAGAUGCCACGUUGGAGGUCCUCGGAACCAGCAGAUGGGACAUGAGCGCUUGGAUUGCCGACUCCUUUGGGCGCGGACGAGUCUUUCUCGUGGGCGAUGCUGCGCAUACACUUCCCCCGAAUCGUGGUGGAUACGGAGCCAAUACUGGCAUUGGGGAUGGACACAACCUGGCGUGGAAGUUAGCGCAUGUUAUCCAAGGCAUCUCUGACGAACGGCUGCUGGCGACUUACGACGCGGAGCGUCGGCCCGUGGCAUGGUUGCGUCAUGAUCAGAUCUUUGCACGCAGCGACUACAAAACGCUUCAACAAAAGCCGGCCAGCAGCCAAGAAACUGACAGCGAGACAAAAGUGCUGCCGGAUAGUGCCAUUGAGUUCGGUCAGAUCUACCGGUCCGAAGGCAUCCUGGGGCCUGACGGACCACUGCUGACCGCACAGAAUCCCGAUCAGUGGGCAGGUCAGCCGGGCACUCGAGCGCCACAUGUUUGGCUGAAGCAAGAUGGGAAAUCAAUUUCGACGAUAGACCUGUUUCGAGGAGACUGGGUGGUUCUAUCCGAAGAUCCGGUGUGGGGACAAGCCGUAGACAAGGUCAACAAGGCCCUAGGCAUCGAGACCCGGUUUUUUCACGCUCGACAAUCCAAAGUAGUUGAGGUGAGCUUUGGUAGCGCGUACGGUAUCUCUACAAGCGGCUGCUCGCUUGUGCGUCCGGAUGGGUAUGUUGCAUGGAGGAUAAUUACUGCUGCGGCGGAAGAUGGGGCGACGUCGCUGGAGCAAGCAUUGAAGGUAGCAGCGUUCUGCAAGUGUAUUUCCGGUGUAUCGAGUUUGUGA